AUGAGCUUCAAAUUUGGCUUUGAGCUUUGAGAAUUUGUACCAACUGUUUGUCUGGCACUAGUAUUUUGAGACUGUUGAACAUUUGAAAGGUUUUACUUCCCCUCCAGACUGCCUUGUUCUUCGGUAAUGACAGACUUUCUCUGAUCUUGCUGGGGCGAAAGAAUGUUGCUAAAAUAAAACUUGGAUGUGUUUUGUGGAUGGUUCUCUCUUGUCUGCAAGCUUGUGAGCAAGUGUUUCCGAUAGGACUCUUUUGAUCUCUGUGGUUAUUAUUGAAAGUUGCUGUGUUUCUGUGUUGCUCCGUGCCUCUCACAUGCCCCCAGCUCUCUUCUUUCCUUCCUUUCCUCUCUUAGAAAACAUGAAAAAGGUCCAAAGACGAGGGAGAAUUUUUUUAGCUCGAUGUGCUCUGUGCUCUAUGUGACGCAAUCUAAAAAAAAUACAUUGCUACAACGGGAUAUAGCCUUUUUUUUCUGAUGCCUUGUCCCUUACUUCUGAGGGACUUUUUGAUAACACAUCUCUCAGCUCACAGCUACACUGUUAAAGCUGUCAAAACUCUGGGGCAUGUUCAUACAACUUUACUGGAUGAACAACUUUGAAGCAAAAGAAAUGGUCUAAUCAAGGCCAACGUCAUACCUUAAAGGAAUUCAGCCAUUAAGGAGGACAGUAUUCGGGCAACUGAUCUAUUGCUCCAUUCUAGACAACUCGGAGGUCAGCAUCCAAAAUACCACACCCGACUGUGACAAACCGAGGUCUUUGACAAGUGUAUACUCAAUUGAACUGUCAUUAUCGCAGCCUACACAAGUUUUAUUUAUUGUUUUAACGUCUUCCCAAGUAACCUUUUUCAAAUAAUAUUGGCAUUGUGUUUAUUACUUUACUGAGUAUACAGACAAAUUCACUUGCAUUGCCAACCUUAGCUUUCUGUGGUGUUCGAUGUCUGACAACUGCUUUUUCAGAGUCAGGGUGGAUGGAUUUACCCAGAAUUUACAAUUAAUUACUUUGACAGUAAGUGGCAUUCAAUUGCUUUCUCCAAGUGAUUUGUAAUGUAGCAUUAAUCCGUUCAAAUUCAAGGAUCUAGAAACAUUAAGAACGCAGCUUCUUUAGCUUUGAACAAUAUUUAAAAUGGGUUGCUCAGUUCGGGGAAAAAAGGUUGGUAGGAAACCUACAUCUAUAGACAUGCAAUUGUGAUUGUGUUUUGUAUAUUCAUCUUUUAAAAUGUUACCAAUUACAUAUGCAUCUAUUGAAAUCAUACCAAUGUAUGCUUUGCUAGUUAUCUGUAGCCCUCCAUACUGGUGUGAGGCUCUCCUGAACACCCCCCAUCAGUGGCAUUGUUCUGCUUCAGUUAAAAGGAACAUUUAACAACUGUUUAUAACAUAAACCACAUGAAGCACAUUGAUUUAAAAAAAAUGUAAUUGAUUUAAAAUCUCUCUCUCUCUCACACACACACACACACACACACACACACACACACACACACACACACACACACACACACACACACACACACACACACACACACACACACACACACACACACACACACACACACACAGCUAGAAACAGUGGCUUGUCAGUAUGUCUUAUUGCUUAUCUGUAUCUUUUUUUCGAGGACAUUUCCAAACACCUUGUCACAGACAAACCCGACUGAAUGAGCAACAGAAUAAGACAGACUGUGAUGGAAAAGUAGCUGUCACUAUAUCCCUGCAAACUCUGCCAAUAUUUUUUUUUUUAUCAUUAAGCCAUCAGCUCUAGUAAGUAAUGCUUAGUUUGUUGGACACCUGUCACAGCUAGAACUGUGUGACACUCGGCACUCUUUGUCUGAUGGGUCAUGCAGCUGCACUGUGGUCCCUGAAGCAGUGUUAUACCGCCUCUAUCAUAUAUCAUGUCUAUACGGCUUGUGUGACUCCAUGAUUGUUUUUCCGCACAAUAUCUGCCAUACAACAAGUUCAUUAUUUAGCAGCUCCUACUAUGUGGUUGGCAUAAAAUGCACUGGUUUAAAGUAUUUAUCUGUUCACCAUCGCUCUCUAAAUAUAGAAGCUUUUGUAUCUGGGCUCUGAUGUGAAUAUGACAUAUUCUUUAGUCCUUAUCCCAUCCACAAAUCAGAUUAUGAGAACAACUCUUCCACAUCCAUUUCAGCCUGCAAGUCUGUCAGUGCAGACACUAGUUUGUUAUUUAUUUGCUCCAAUACAGCAUGUUCACUUGCUGUAAUUCUUUGUAUUACAUUCACUGCUUUGACUUAUUCUUGUCUGAUUCUCUGCUUCUGCUGCAACAAGCCAGUUUCCCCAAAGGGAUCGUUAAAUUCUCAUCUAAUUUAGGAUUUACGAACAAGUAAACUAAUGACAAGGGAAUACUGAUAUUUUGGCUGUUAGCGGCUGCUAUGCUCAAAUAAAUCAAAGUUAUUGCAGACAAGCUACAAUUAAACUAACAGAAACAGGAAUUUAGUGAACUCAAUCCCCUCAGUGGUUUAAGUGAUUCCCACAGAAUAUUAUAACAAUAUUAUUGUAUUAUACCAUCAAGGUAGACAAUAAUAUGCCUACAGAAACAAAGAAGCAUUUGUAAUUUAAGCCUGGUGUGUGAUUAUGGCAAAUAACUACUCACUAUUCACUCAUUUGCUAAUUUGCUAACUAUGAAGUUCUUAACUUUAAUUUAGAUAUGUUGGCAUUUAUUAGACCACUACAUUUAUUAAUUAUCACUUUGAAGAUACCAAACUAGGAUUACCUUGUAAAAUAUAAUGUUCUAUUGCAGAUUAAGCUAUUUAACAUAUCAAGUGCUUGAACAUGUGCUUAACCUUAAUCAAGAACAACAUUAAAUGUUGCUUAAGUGUCAUUCAUGAUAUUAAUAAAAGCUAAAUUAUAUAUAACGUGAUAAUAAAGCACACAGAGUAUUGUUAUUUAGGAGUUAAUAAGGUAAAUGAUGUAAAAAUGUACUUUGUUUUAUUUGUGACUCAACAUUUUGUACAUGGUGGUCAGCAUUUUUUACAUGGCAGUAUGUAUUCUGGUUAGACCCUUAUUUGUUUAUUUCUGGCCACUUGGAGGCAAUGAAACAAGCUAUAAACAUAAUGUGGACAUGUCCUUCCCUUCCAGAUCUUGGUCACCAUUGGCUGACAAUGAUUAGCCCCUGAGGACAAGGGGAAAUGUAUCCAGUAACAAAUGAUUGAGCUGUCCUGCUGUUUGUCAGCUAACUUGUCACCAAAACUGUUAUUGUCAAUGUAGAGGAUUAAUUAAUGAACUGUUUUACCACACAUCAUUUUGAAUGCAUAUUUAAUUGCUAUGUCUAUCUUCUAUUUUCAUGGAACUUUGACCCGGAGAAAGCCCUCUACAAGUGAACAAAUCUGACUGAUCUGAUACCUGGUAAUCAAAUAAGGAGCCACAAUGGUUCCUGUUGAUGAUGCUGUGGCAUGGGGAGAGUCACUCGACCAUCUCCUGGAGUGUCAAAUGUUUGUGCUUCUCCUCUGCAGCAGGCCGGCUGGUGUUCGAGGACUUCUUGAGGACAGAGUACAGCGAGGAGAACAUUUUAUUUUGGCUGGCUUGUGAGGAUUACAGGAAAACAACCAGUCAGACAGAAGUGAUGACUGCUGCCAAAAGGAUCUAUGCAGAGUUUGUCCAAGUUGAUGCGCCUAGACAGAUAAACAUUGACUGUGUGACCAGAGAAGAAAUCAGUCAAAACCUCACCCAGCCGUGGCCAAAUUGCUUCGACAGGGCGCAGAGACUGAUAUACGGUCUGAUGGGAAACGACUGUUAUCCUCGAUUUCUGAAAUCAGAAAUAUACCAAGCUCUCCUGGAACAGGCUGAACAGCUAAGAAAGGAACGUGAGGCUAAAAGCUCGGCAGACGCCUCUCCGAAUGAUUGAUUCUGCUCUUCAGCCAACGUGUCUGUCAGAGGAAACAGAAGUGAAAGCUGAUGCAGAGCUGACGAUAUGACUACUGACAGGAUCUAAAAGCCAAACAUAAUGUAAAUAAUGUAAUAAACAGCUCUGAAGUCA